UAUCAGCGUCUAAAGCGUCUCUCCUCGAAGACGGUCGUUUGUCAAAAAGAUCCUCUAGCAGAAUUACCAUUUAAUUAUACGCGUAAAAGCUCGUUUCGACAGGUCGGUAUUUUCCGAGUUCCAAAUUACCUAAUUAUACUAGUAAUUAUUUCCCGAUAUCCUUCUAGAUAACUUAUGAUGUAAGUCAUGCUAAAUAACCAGAUAUGAUAAUGGGUUCUUAGAAGUAGUGUAAAUUAGCUUUUUAAUCAUUUGGUCUAGAAACAAUAUUGAUAUAUUGUAUCUUGGGUUUAAGUUAAUCUAUCAAAGUAUAAAUAAAAACAAGGGCAGGAUAUUGGACAAAGGUUAAAAUGAAGAGAAAUAAGUUGAAUUUAAAAUCUUAACAUACUCUUUAAUAUUGACGUUUCUCUUUUUAUCUUGCCGUAAAAGGACAAACAGCCAUUAGCAUAGGCCUAUUAGUUAAUUACGGAGCUCGUUUGUCAAUCAGAGACCAAUUUCUUUAAUUUUUAGUUGCGUACUAUUUGAAACGAAAGUUUCAAUAAUGAAACUUUAAGAAAUGAAUAGAAAUGAUUUACGGUUCACAAGAGAGGCAAAGAAGAAACAUGAAACAGAAAUUUCUUGUAAAAGAGGAAAACAGAGGAAGAAAGAAAAAAAAGAAAAGGAAUGGGAAGGACAAGAGAAAGAAAAUUAUAAUAGAAGAAAUAAAGAUAAUUAGGGGCUAGUGUUUUAUUGAUUGAAACGAGUGGAAUUUUUAAUAGAUUUCGAUAAUUGAAUUUUACAUUCUUUUAUUCCGACUUUCGUUUUAUUUCAACAAAACAGCCUUAACGUUUUCUAUUUACAAAGAUAUUAGCUCGUGUAAUUACUUGAUCUCUCCUCGUAUUCUGACAUUUAUUAACAGCAACAAAGUAGAAUACGCUACAGCAAUGUGUGAAAUAAAUAUACAUGUGUUUUAGAAGUUACCAAUAAAAUAAAUCUAAGGGAGAAGAGAGAUAUAAUAGCACAACAGGGGUUCAUCAAGUUCUAGAUAUACCAUUAGUUCCGCUUUUACUUAAACGCUUAAAUUAACGUUCACUUAUUUUUCUUUAGGUUUCUUAAAAACGAUCUAUUGGUCAUAGAAGGAUAAAUCGAUCAGUAUGGAUAAACACUCAGAAGUUAAUCAAUUAUGAAAUCAUGAAAUCAACAAUUCUUCUUCUUCUUCUUUCAAGCUUUAUGAUAAAAGUUUUAUCUCACAGUUGUGAAAUAUAUACAGUAAAUAAUCAAUUAAGCGCUCGUUGUAAUAAUUUGAAUCUUAAUGAAAUUCCGACCGAUCUUGAUUCACAAAUUAAAGUUCUCCGAUGUGAAUCAAAUCAUCUAACUUCUAUCUCCUCCGUAUCAUUCGUCCGUUACUUUCAACUGCAAGAAAUCUAUUUGAAGAAAAACCAGCUCAAAUCUAUACCGUAUAGACUAUUUUUUCCAGUUGAGAAUCUUCAAAUAUUGGAUUUAAGCCGAAAUCGCUUGGAAAGUAUACCAACGACAGCUUUAGAGUAUACGCCUAAACUCCGAGAAAUUAUUUUAAGUUAUAAUUAUAUUAAUAGAAUUGAUGAAUUCAGUUUUAAAAAUUUGGCCCGUUUACUGAAACUAGAUAUAUCCCACUGUCAUAUCCGCUUCAUUCAGCCAAACUCUCUUAAGAAUUUGAAAAGUCUCACAGAAUUAAAUGUUAUUGGUAAUGAACUUAAAGGUCUGAUAUCGACUACAAUUCUACCGAAAUCGUUAACAGUGUUCAGAUUACACCAUAAUAAAUGGAUAUGUGACUGCAAAUUGAGAUGGCUUCUGCAAUUUUUGACGAAUAACAAGCUGAAAAUUAGUUGGACUUUUGGUAAUAGAAUUCCAAGGUGCCAAAAUCCAGAAUUAUUAAAAGGUGUUAGGUGGACGGAAUUAAAUUCCACUAAUUUUGCUUGCGCUCCAACUAUCAUCAGAUAUACUUCGUACGUCUCCGUCAAUGCAACCUUGAAUUGCUUAUCAACUGGUGAUCCGCAACCGGAAGUAACAUGGUAUAAGAAGAAUUUACGGGUGACACCUUCCAAAAGGAACAGAAUAACCUUUUGGAGAACUUUCAAAAAAGCGUUAGAUAUUUUUCAUUAUAACAGCAGCCUAAAAAUUAUUAAUAUGACUGAAAAAGAUAUUGGUUUAUACAAGUGUGUAUCCUUGAAUUCAGCUGGUCGGUCGGAAGUGACAAUAUCUUUGUCUGGGUCCAGUUCAAUGCGUGCCGAGUCUAAUUGGGAAAAAAAGAAAUUAAGGGCUUUAAGUGCCAGUUUAACCUGCUUUCUUCUUGUGAUUUUAUGUAGUAUAAUAAGUAUUUUAAUGUUGAGAAUUAUUAAAAGGCGACGCUUAAGCGGCGUCUAUAGAAUUCAAAAUCAGGGAGCCGAAUCUGCUGGGUCAAAAUGUGAAGAGGAUGCAACCGCAUCCCCCCUCCAACAAAUCGAUUCUAUUACACAUAAGCAUGCUGAGACACCAAAUUCGACUCCCGACCUAUUGAAAAAUAAUUGGACGGAAGAGGAGGCGGUUGGUACUGCUGUCUAACAGUCAACAAUGUUGAUUGUGGAAAAGAAAAUAGAGAAUGAAUACGAAUGAAUAAAAAGAAGGAAGAAUGGUACAAUAGGAGGAAAAGAAAAAUAAGAGGGAAAAAAGAGAGAAAAAGGUGACGUUCUGAGAAUAAUAAAGGAUUGACGGAUAAAAAUAUAACGCUUCUAUAAUGUUCAGUGCGUCAGAUAAAGGAUUGCCCCCGAUCAUGUGUAACGUUCUUAAGUCCACUUGAUAGAGCCAUUCAAUUUAUUGGCAAAUUACUGUAGAUGGAGAGAAAAUUUCAACAUUUAAGAAAGAGAAAUUUUUCGGUUUACGUGGAAAUACAAAUUGAACAGUAAUAAGAAAAACAACAGCAACAAUAAUAACAACGACGACGAUCACGAUGAUAAUGCUUACAAAAAAAAAGAGAGAAAUAUUAAUCAUACUCCUUCCUCCUUGCUUUCUUUUCUAUUACAAAAUUUUUUUCCAAACUGUUCUUCCAUUUCUCUUUAAUAGAAAAUAUUCUCUAUUAAAACAGACAAAAAAAACAAUUUAUUAUAAGAUAACAAGAUAAUUCAUGCAUUUUUUAUCAAGUCUGGGACCUGAGAACAUUGUAACUCUAUUUUUCAAAGCUUAAUAUUGUAAUUGGAUCGUUUUUAUUGUUGAUCUUAUAUCGCAAAAAAAAAUCUGUAAAAAAUAUAAACUAAAAGAAAUUCACUCGGGGAACGUCCUAUUUCAAACAACGCCAUCUAUUAACCAUUAAAAAUGUAUUAAAACCAACUAUAAAUACAAUAUAUACAUAUUUACAUCUAUAAAUGUGGUAAUAUCUAUUUGUUUGAUUUUUUUUUAUACAAGAUAAUGUGAUUUUUGAAUAAAUAAGAUUAUUAUUCAUA